AUGCUUGCAGAAUCGGGAACCCCCUCUAGCACGGGUGGGGACACCCCCAAGCUUCGGGCUGCUUGUGAGAACUGCAGACAAUCGAAGGUGAAGUGCAAUCUGUCUGGAAAGAGCACCUGCAUUCGGUGUCUCCGUCACGGACUGGCUUGUCGAUACCGGCUGGCGAAUCGAUCCGGCAAGCCAAAGGGUAGCAAGAACCGCGCUACACUGAGGAAGCUGAGACAAUUUCCGGACCAGCGGCCUGCAUUACGGGCUUUGAAGGGCAAGGACGACCUUGUGGCGGUCGUGGAUAAUCAUUACCAUUCGGAAUACAGCGAGGCCCGGGUGCUCCAGCGCGAUGAAACGGGAAGCCCGAGCAGUCAGGACACCAGCCCGCCUGCGGAGGGUAGCCCUGAAGGGCCUGUAUUGGCAUACUCUUCUAUCCAAGAAACCGUACCGCCUGCGGGGUCGGAAUACCUCCAAGCAUCCAUGUCGCCGACCUUUCUCCAAAAGGAGUUCAUCACCAAAGGGCUCACGAGCUGUCCCCUUGCGGUCCACAUCCCCGGUGCGAUGCAGCCAACAUGCGACUGCAGGGGCACGCUGGCAUUCCACGAGAACCAGCUGCGGGAUAUGGUCUCUAAUUCGAUGCCCCUGCGGUUCGACCAGAGUCUGCAGAGUGUCAAGGUCGCCCUGUCUGUCUGUCUGGGGUUUGUGCAGUGCAGCAUCUGCGCGAAAGACAGCACCAGUCUGUUGUUGCCCGUGUCGACCUUGGAUCUUGUCCUGCAACUGCUUGAUUACUGUAUAACGUACGGGCUGGCAACGCCGCACUCUGUGGGCGAGGACUCCAAAACGAGCCGAUACGGCUUGUAUGAAGUAUGUCCUGCCGAGAGUUGGUGGAUCCGUCGUUUCCUGAUCCGAGGGCGGCUCGUCCAGUGCAAAGAGGUGCUCGCGGGGUUGCAGGAGGCGAUCGAUAUCUGCCUCGGGUCACCCUUUGGCGCACUCGGGAAUGGAACACUCGAGGGAGGCCAGGGCGACAGUUGUCUCGAGCAGAUCGUGCGGGGAUACGAGGCGACGGUGGAGGCUUUUCUACACUGCUUGUCGGGGAACGGAUGUAUAUGCACCUGA